AGAGCAAGAGAGCUUUUUCUGGAGUUAAAGUCUGUGUCUGGUUCUGCAACUACCGAGCCCGCGGUUGUAUUUUUAUUUUCGCACGAAUAUAUAUAAUUAUGGUCGUCCCCGUGAAGAUGCAGAUCCGGCCCCCGCGAGGUUGCGUUGAGAAGAUGCGUAAACUCUUCUGCUUCAGCGCCGUCGUAUUUUUCGGCCUGCCACACGUGCAGCACAAUGACACGUUGGUGCUGGGUAAGGGCAUUGCGCAACAAGUAGAUGUGGAAGAUUCCGGUUUGUCGCAGGACGAUCUGCAGAAGACCGUAGUGGAUGCAGAUACGAAAACGAAGCCCGUUAUUAACGAAGAUGAAACUUUUGAAGCUGCAGUUGCAACGAGUAGCCAGGAAAAAACACCCAUCCCCAUCCAAUUUGUCAUGCAAAACAUGCAUAAAAUCCACUAUUUUCCAUGCAAAAAAUGGAUGGGGAUGGGUGUUUUUUCCUGGAUAACGAGUCCGAAACUUCUAGUGCCCUCGACGAUACUAGUCCAAGAUCGGGUCUACGUGCGCGAGAAAACAACUACAAAUGGCAUCAACAAGGGAGAAAAAAUUGAAACCCCGACCAGUUCCGGAUCCGACAACAGGGCGAUCCGGCUUCCGCCACUCGCAGCACCUGCUUCCGCAGACGGCGCAACAAACUUCCUAGAAGUGGAACACAAGAAACUCGCGGAGAAAACAAGAACCCAGGAGACUGCCAAGUUCGAAAACAGACACGGCCGUCAACAUCUUCAGACCGAGCGCGCAGCGGCAGCACGACAGCACCGGCGUAAAAUGAGAAGCAAGCUGCAGAAGAAAAAACUUGCUUCCAAGAAGGCUCGGUUACUGAGGCAGAAAGUGCUGCGACAAGCGAAGCGGAACAGGGUGAAAAAGCUGCUGCUGUUAAAGAAGAAACAGACACAUGCAAACAAGAAGACCAGUCUCAGUCGAAAUCAGAUGAGCAAGCAAAAGCAUCUUCAGAAAAGGCGCAUGGGCGAGAUGAGACUCGAUUUGGAGCAGGUCGAGGACGAUGAAGAUGAUGAUGAUGCUGUAUCAAGUGCAAAAGUUGUGUCUGUGUCUGGACAAUUGCUACACUUGUCAUGCAUGUCUGACAUGACUCAAGAACAAGAAUCUGUGAUGCAUGGGCACGAAGCGGCCCUCUUACCUGUCAUGCAAAAACGCAGUUUGCCAUGCGCAAAACGCAACACGUAGGCGAUUAAAAAUUUCUCAUGCUUGGCUCCGUAUUGCAGUGGAACUCCCAUUCACUUUCAGCAUUACAAAUUCCCAGACCCAGACAUAUUUGCAAUGCAUAUGCUGGUGACGACGUCGAUACCGUCGAUAAAGACGUGGAGACGGACGCCGACGAUGAGAAGCUGAGUCAGGAUGAGCUCGAACAAGCAGACGGAGAUGAUGUUGACGGCGAAGCUGAAGAUGUUGAUGAUGAAGACACUGCAGUAGAUGAUGAUGUCGCCGCCAUUGAUGACGACGAUGAAAACGACGCUUCUACUACCACACCCUUGGACGAGGACUUGGAGAACGAGGAUUUGGACUUGGCGAACGAUGAUGCCGUGGAGGAGAAAACAAGUGAAGCUGGAACUACAUCUGCAAAUGCAGAUGAGACUCUCGGGGGUGGUGUUGAGCCACCUCCAGAAAAGAAGGACGGAGCGCUCCUGAAUAAAGCUGGCGCUGAAAAGAUUCCGGAUCUGCAAACAGGCAGAUCUUCUUCAAGCAGUGGCGCGGCGGGCUCCGCCGGGACAACGGGAGAUGCCCCACCAGCGGCGCCGGCUCGUGCUGAGAGUGACAAUAAGUCGUCCAAAGAUGGGGACGCAGGAGUUCUUGAUGAAUCAUCUUUCCCCGAUCAUGGUGCUAGUGCGGCAGAAGAAUUUUCCGCCGCUUCGAAGUCUACGGAUCAGAGCGCGAGCGUGAACAGCCAAAAAAAUCCAGGGACUAGUACUACAACCUCAAGCAGCGCGACCGGAACAAGUGGGACGGACGCCAACAAUAGCGGCUGCAAGUGUUGUUUCUGCAUCUUGAUCAUCGUCGUCGUCGUUUCCCUUGUCGGGCUUAUCCUUGGCGGCAGCUACUUUUACUACAAAUCGAAUUUUCUCGAAAAACGCUUGUCCUUCGCGUCCCAGUCUUUUCAAGGUGGGGGGUUCGGGGAAUCCGACGGCAAGAACGUGGUGACUGGUGCUGGAGAUCAGAACCAGCCGGGCGGGGGCAACACAGCCGGCGCGACUUCUGGAACAGCAGCGGACUCGACCCCGUUGCUGCAGCCGCUACCGGCAGGCAUGGUGGAGGAUGCGGAAAAAAUGAAAAGCUUUUCGGAUUGGGCGGAAGAAAAGGUCAAGAAAGUGCGGCGAUUUUCUGCGGGCUACUUAUUCGGCGCGUCGACCGGUAGCGGGGGCCAUAUUAACUCAUCCAAAGGAAGUCGUGGCCACAAGGACAAGAAAUCCGAAACGAGUGGAGGUGCUGGUGCACCGCUGUCCGAAGAAAACGCGGAAGCAGGUCGUGGAGCAAACGCGCAGAAAGACGACGCCGCGGAUACCACUGGUCCAAUAGAGAGGAAGUCGAAGAAAAGCGGAAACCGGAUGAAUUCCAGCUCAGCCGGUGCAGCUCCUGGACAACAAGGUUCCGCCCCGGGGAGCGCUGACUUUGAUUUUACAGGCGGCCAUCAGAAACUCGAGGCGCCAGACCUGGGAGGUUUUGACCCGCAGGAGUCCGCUUCCGGCGGCGACGAAAACUUCCUGGCGCCACCGCAAACGGAAGAGAUCGCCCGGUCGAAGAAGAAAAAGAUUGCGCCUGCAGCUCCACCUGCGGACAAGAGCGCGCCACCUUUCGUGCUUGGCCACAUUGGCCUACCUACCGCCGAGGAAGCGACCACCUCCGGCAAAAUUCGUCCACCGUCGGAAUCGACGACGCGGAAGAGCAAAACCAUGACGGAAGCGGUGUUUGGGAAACAGGCAGCCGAGGAACGCGAACGGGCGCUGAACACCAGAACCACGGCACAACCCAGCAAGAAGCUGAUGGCGGAAGACGCAAUUUUGGUGAGCGUUUAUUAUUCUUGUUUUUCGAUUAUAGUAAGCCCUGUAGCUGUAUAACCGCUAUUAUUGAAGUGUAUAGUCCUGUUCAAAGAAACUACAACUGAUCCAGAUGAAGUACAGAUUAAUGCUCUAGCGUGUUGAGAAAAUUCCGCAUGAUCCGCUUCAUUGCAACGAAAAAGAAUCGAAGUCGAGCUUUGCGAGGAAAACUGCGAACACCGGCACUUUGAACUUUGUCAAAAUUCCAUGUCAGGUGAAAGAGGUCACGCAAAAACUCGCUUCGCAAGUCCCGGCGGAUCUCGACGACCAGCAUUUUUCUAUUCCUCCGCCCAGGCCUUCGGCGAAUAAGUUGGGGAAGAAAACGGUGUCCGCCCUGGACCCGGCUCCAUUCGGCGGCCUGGAAGAUGACGACAUUGAAAUCCUGCCCGAGAGUGCGGGCCCCGCGACCCCGGCCAGCGUUGCCAGUGAAAUCGAGGAGCUCGUCUCGGACCACCACAAGCGCACGUCGAACAAGCUAGAGGAGGUACAGUCGCUGGAGAUACAACUCGUUUCCGCGAAGAAGGAGCUCGGGAUUUUGCUUUCAAGUCCCGUUACUUCGCCCCCGUCGCGGAAGUCGACCGCUGGCGAACAAAAGCUUUCGAUCGCGAGUGUCGCGACCUUCGCGGAAGAGACUCCGGUUUUUGAGGACGACUUCAAGAGCGAAGGUGUGUUGAAAGCAGGGUCCACCGGCUACAGUGGCAAAGCCGAUGCCGAACAAAUUGCGACCUUCGCGGAAGAGACGCCGGAGCACGAGGGUGUGGUCGAAAAUUAUAAACCGAAGAAGAACAAGACCACGAGGAAGUCGUCCAAGAUUGGCGACAACAAAGAGGAGCUGCUUAUGGGGAGUAUGAAGACAAUGGUGGAGCAAGUCCAAUCGGAAAUCCAAGGUUCUGCUUCGGGCAAGUUGUCGAAGAAGAAGUCGCAGGUCCUGCAAAAGCAAGGGUCACUCCGCCCCUCCGCGGAUCACGAUUCUCCGAUCCACGAGCGCAUCGCCGCUUUACAAAGUGGCACUUCUUCGCAGCGACCGUCGCAACAAGGUUCCUCUCGCCCCUCCGCAGACCAUGGCUCCCCGAUUCACCUGCGCAUCGCUGCGUUAAAAAUGUCCCCACGUCAGUCGGCGAAGGUGUCACCCGGGCGAGAAAUGACGACCGGCGGGGCCACCGGGAACAAGUCUACCUCCCAGCGGGAGACAUCUGCAUCUCCGCGCAGCCCAACAACAUCAACUGCUGCGAAGCGAAAAUCGACGGCGCAGCAGGAGCAACAACCACGAACAACCUCCCCCGGAGGAGGUUCAACAUCUCGGCCAAUGAGUUUUGCGAAGAACCAGCAAGAACAAGCAACUUCGCCAAAAGCGGCCGCGCGGCAGUCUGGAAGACUGACAGCCACAACCUCGCCGAAGAUGACUACAUCCUCUGGGAUCGUGCAAAAAAAGGAAGGAGGAGUCCCUGCCUCCCCUAGGGGUAUGAGUUUUGGCGCUGGCGCUUCUCCGAGGAGUGGCGGGGAAGAACACAAGCGACAAUUGUCCAUGUACUACAACUUCCUGCCGACGACCACCGACGCCGACAAGCUCGCGCUGGCGCGGUUUUCCUCCCGCACGUCGCGGAAGCCGGGGUCUUCGGAACAAAAGCAAGGCACGCCGCAAAAUGCUGGCGACGUCGUCCGGGACACGGAGGGCGACCGGCUCACCUUCCAGCCCGAUGGAACGUCAAAGAUGAGCCAGCGUGGGACCACUCGUGCUGGUCAAGAGCUUCUACAGCAACCCGGUGCAGCAACCUCUAGCGGGGCGGGUGACCGAAAGCAUCCCUCGAAGAGUCUCCACAACACUGAUUCGAUCCAGGACCGGAUCGAUUCCCUGAAGCGCGCCAACAGCAAGGAGCGUGGCAAGGACGAGAUGAGCUCGAGCGUGCGCAAGUUCGGGUCGGCGCUGCCCGGGCUGGCCCGGGCGAACGACGAGGGAGAGCAGGUCGCGACGGUGGAUGAUAUUGAAGAAGGGGCGGAGGAAGACGAGGAUCUGCUGGACACGCCCGCGGAAGGUCGCCCAGGAGACUCGUCUGCCACUACAUCAUGGUCUGAUACCAGCGACGCGUAAGGGGGAGGUGAAAUGAAUUCCCGUAGCAUGAUUCGAGGAGAACGAGAACAACAAGUUGCGCUUAUUUGACGAAGUAGAAACAGAAUCACAAACACUCACUUUAUAAACUGGUUGCUGACCUGCUCCGCAGGCACAGCCAGUCAACAAAAAGCCAAGAAAACAAAGUUUUUAAUAUUUCUGCUUAUUCGCGAAUCGGAAUCAACGCACGUCUGUGCUGACUUAUCAUUUUUACCUGAUUACAACAAUUUUAUAUCCUUUCCAAAUCGACUUUAUUACAACUGUCAAGAUGUUUUUCAGAGCCUGUUUUGUCAGCAGAAAAAUCCUAUGUUGAGGCGACUUUCACCUAUGCGAUAUUUUCAUUUCGUGAUUACACAUCUUUGGUUUGUCUACUAGAUUUUUACAAUGAAAUUCCCUUUAACUUUUCGUUGGUUGAUGUGGUCUGCACCAUCUUUAUCAUCAAGCGCAGGUCGUCAGCGUCAAUGUGUAUAAUGAUGUACAACUUUUCACCGGAAGUAUGGGGUUGCUGGCAAUAUUCUAUGUGAGAUAGAAUGAGGAUAGAUUAUGUUGAAACAGAAGCGACCCGCACUGUAUCUACAUGUUUUGGAUUCUAUUUCUGAUAUCAAAAAUAAAAGCAGAAGUCAGCGCCGUAUCAGUGAAUGAUGCGAGCCGAUGCGCUACUUCGUGGUGACGCGGCUAUGGUGAUGGCAACUUUUAUGUUCCUCCAAUUCAACUUUUAAAAGGACAAGACCCGCCCGAAAAAACAAGAACCGCUGCGAGAUAGGAGUUUUUGUCUGGAGUAAGUUCGAGCAAAAUGAAUCUGAAGAAGGACGCAAACCGAUCGCAGAAGACGGAAAAGCAAGCUAGCUCUUGACGCUGCAACCUUGAAACGCUUCUAGGAAUUUGAACAGGUUUUGNAUCAUGGCUCAUGCAAAAGAACGUGCGUGACAAGCCUUAGAAUCUUCCAGACAUCAUCCAGGGAUAUUUGCAAUUGAUAGCUGCGUGAAGCACACUAUGAAUUGCAAAAGUAUCGUACUCGUAUAAAUGCAUGACAAAUUGUUCCCCCAGCAUGAGAAUUCAAUUAAGAUUUGUAAUGCGGAUUUACCUUGAGAAAAAAAUUUGUAAUGCAAGACUUGCAUUUAUACGAAUACGAUACUUUUGCACAGGAUACACACAAUGCUGAAGUUUGGGACCGCUUUCCAGCAGUAUCAAAUGUAAAAAUGUCUGGGUCUGGAAGGAUGCAGAGAUUUGUGAUGCAGCUUUGGCAUGAACCCUGAUGUCUGUGAUGCAUUCCCUAGCAUCACAGAUUUUUUGAGGGCUUCUUGAUGCCUAUACCGCAUGAGAAAUGCCCUCUCGCCGUCGCAAAAACUGCAACUCUUUUGCUGUUCAUGCAAUACAGAUUUUUGUAGAAUCCAAAUGCAGCAUCACAAGUUGCAUCCUUCCAGACCCAGACAUUUUUGCAAUCCAUAAGCAGAGUACUUGGACCAGUUGGAAGCAGAAGCCAACGGCGAGCUCUAGUAGUACGAGAGUGCACAACGAACCACCCCCACCUCCCUCUCAUUUGUAUUGCAUGAACAGCAAUACGAGCGUCCGCACAUGUGGAGCCUGUGCAUCACAGGUUCAUGCGCGUAAUGUAGUACUGUUUGGGGUUCCAGAAUCUGUCAUGCAAACUGUACCACAAGGCAGCACUUGGAUUUGAUGUUUUGCAUGACAAAUGAGGGGCUGGGGAUGAAGAAAUACUCGCGAUGUUUUUCGCGGUUCUGACCCUAGAUCUCCUGCGUCCGAAGCUGCUUGCGGCGACGGUGCAAGGGUUUUUGAUGUGGCGCAGUCGGGUAUGCAUGACAAAUGAGGGGCAAAGGGAGUUGUGCACUGUCAUACGUAGUACGGCUGGCCCAGCAGUUGGAAGCGCAACCCAACUCUCGCACGUACAGCACAAGUGCUGUCGAGAGUGAUAAAAAGUGUGUUUACUAAAUAUUGGAAAAAGUAGUAAGUUUGAGAUGAGAGUGAUCAGCUUCUUCGCAUAGCACAACUGCAAAAGCCUAGAUAAAAGCAUUACGCUGAUUUUCUGUGAGUGAUUUCAAAGUAAUAGUAAAAGUUAAAGUUCCAUUUUGCCCGGCUCUUUGUAUUUAUUGUUCCUACAUCCACCCGGCACGACCGGAAAAGAAGAGAACCAGCAUCGGCGUUGAUAACUUCUUUAUUCUUAUACGUUGCAAACGAACUGCUGUUUUUUGCCUUUGCUGACAGCUUCUUCCAAAUGACCUAUGAACGAAUCCAUAUGCAUGCGAUCUUAUUCCAUUUUUACUCGCUUCAUUACCGAUUUUUUUCACCAUCGGUCCUGCGUGUCGUUCGCGAGGGCCACAAUUUUGCCGCAUGAAGGAUAUAACAAGUAACAAUCGUGGGAGCUCUUAUUUCUCAUGAUCUAGAUCUUCAUGCAGAACAACAACAAUAACUUCACCGCUUCUUAUUUCGGAGUUGUGAGCACAGCAUUCUGCUAGCAUUUCGAACUGAAGGUGAAGCCAGAACCUACAAACAGCCAGGUGUUGUGUCCUUUGUUCUCUCACUGCAUUUUUCAACGUGGGUGGCUCCGCGCAGAUGGAAGAGCGUGGUUCGUCUUGCUGAAUAAAGGAACUCUCAUGUACUAUAGCACCUCUCUGUACAACUAUGGCAGCUGCGGAUCCACCUGGUGACCAAGAAGAUCUGAUCCUGUUGCAGACAAAAUGCAAAAACUGAUUCAUACCAACAUUUCUGCGAUCCUUUUGAAAGUCUCAGGAAUUUGGUCUUAAGAAUUUCUCCCGCUAGUACAACCUCCAGCAUGAUCCAUCAACUUUUUGAACCGAGAUCAUGACAACUCUGUUUUAACACGUGAUUGGUCAAAAGUAGAUGAUGAAGGCUCUCCAGAUUUCUCAAAUAGCGCAUGCGAUGAUCCUGCGAAGCGGCAAAAAAAGUAUACGAUCGAUGUCGAUAAAAAUUUUACUUUCAAAUAAAACCAAAGUGAUUGAUAAAGAUUGCAGCAGCCUCGCACUCGUUGCGCUUCGCAAAAAAUCGUUCUGGUGCUUGUCCCAACUUUAUACUUGAACCAUAAGCUCAUCGUUAAAAGACUUUCGUCGUCAAUAUUAAAGACAUCCUUUCACCACAAACCCAUUGGCAAUCGAAUUUAUUUGUGAUAAUGGCCCGAAUCUUCUCCAUCCAGAAAUUGGCUGCAGCUGCGGCCGCAGCUAGUACCGUAGCUCCGGCUUUUUUCACCGGAGUCAAAGCAGUGAAGAUGAAUAACGUUUUCAACGAUAAAGUCAAGAGCGCUUCCGUGGUGCAGCGCUCGUUGGGCAAGACCGGCGUGAAUGCCGGGCCGAUUUCCCACUCCGGAGUGUUAAUGAAAACGGAAUCUGGAAAAGAAUACAUCGCGCACCACCCCGGGCUAUGCUGUGCAAAAGUAUCGUACUAGUAUAAAUUGCAUUAGCAUUACAAAUUAAUAUUAAAUUUGUAAUGCGGAUUUGCCUUAAAAGAGAGAUUUGUAAUGCAUAACCGCAAUCAGUACGAGUGCGAUACUUUUGCAGUUCAUACGGGCCGGGCCAGCCUGCGGUGGUGACGGACGCGAAACACAUGUCGAACGAUUGGAAGGAGAAGGAGAAGUUGAAAGUCGAAGUAUCGCAUGUAAAAACGUCUCCACGAGGACCCCAUAAGUAGUCAAGAUGGGAAAUCUGCUAGACAAAUCAGCCUGCUUUGGAUGUUGCGCAUGACAAGUUUGGCCUCGACGUAGUGCAGUCCUGUUUAUUCGCUUGCUCAGCAGCAUCACAGAUCUAGCCCAUUACUCUGGUUGGAGCACUACAAAUAAUUCCAAAGCGCGGGGGCUACAAGACGGCUGUCAUGGGGAUCAUCCGCAUGAGAAGCAUUUUGAGCAUGCAGAUUUGCAUGCCAAGAACUUACUAUGGGGUAAGUAUACUAUGGGCCCCGUUUUUACAUAGGAUACGAACCCGGAAAGACCGUCGGGUCCGCCUUUAACUCCGCGGGGGGGAGUAAAAGCAACAGCAGCUACUUCAACCCGGCAGCCCCGACCUGCCACGGAUUCUCGAACACCGUCGCCUACGCAGUGCAGAUAUGUCUGGGUCUGGAAGGAUGUAACUUGUGAUGCACACGUGCAUACUACAAAAAUCUGUAUUGCAUAAAGAGGCCCUGUUUUUGCCAAGGCGAGAGGGCAUUUCUCAUGCUGUAUAGGCAUCAGGAAGCCCUCGCGCAAUCUGUGCUGCUAGGGCAUGCAUCACAGACGUCAGGAGUCAUGCAAAAUGCGCAUGACAAACCUUGCAUCCUUCCAGACCAAGACAUAUUUGCACUUGAUAUCGCGGACCAUUUAACCACGAAUCCGCAAUUGCAGCAAAAGGCAUUGGAUCAGUUCAUGCAGGACCCUGAUCGGACGAAACCCAUGAACGUUUCCAACCGGUCUUUCCAGGGACAAAUGUAUCAACUGUAAAAAUGUCUGGGUCUGGAAGAAUCCAACUUGUCAUGCUGAUUUUGGAUUCUAAAAAAAUCUGUAUUGCAUGAGCAGCAAAGAGAGUCCAAGUUUUGCUACACGGAAAGAGCAUUUGUCAUGCGGCGUAGGCAUCAGGAAGGCCUCACAAAAUCUGUGAUGCUAGGGCAUGCAUCACAGCCAUUAGGAGUCAUGCAAAAUGUGCAUGACAAACCUCGCAAUCUUCCAGACCCAGACAUUUUUACAUUUGAUAAAAUGCUCCAAGGAGCGAUGCGGCAUCAGGAAGAGGUGGCCCGGCGGCAAGCGGCAAGGAGUGCCGGCGGGUUGGGGCGGGGGAGCUCAUCUUCUUCCUCGUCCAAGCAGGAUGGGUGUAAAACGCAGUAAAAAAGUUCUUUCUACGAAGGUGUCGACUGUCGGACGCUGCGGCAGGGCGGGGAAACGAAAAUGAGUUCAGGAACAAUAAGUAUGAAGCCGGGCUUUGUUUUCAGACUCGAUCCUCCUAUGCUGCUGCAGUUUCGGUGCGUCGAAAUCGUCCUCGUCGAGCAAGGUUGCGGGUGCGCCAGCGCUGAUAUCUCGUGUACAACUACUUCCGCAAGAUCUUCGUAGUGCAAGAAGUGGUAUUUCUACUUCUACAGCGGCUUCAAUCCACCUCAUCUCAGGAACAAGUAUUUUUCAUCGACUAAGAUCAAGAUGGAAGAAGCGGCACUAUCCCAGGAAGGAGCCGCGUAAAAAAUGCCGCGGGUCCUCGUCGUGGUGAUUCAGAAGAAGACUGAGAGGAAGGAGUUGUUGUAUACUGUACAACAUAGGCAGCGUUCUGAUAGAAGUAGCACGGUGCUGCGUAGAAAUUGAAAUAUGACCUGAGUAGAAUAGAUAUCGAAAUCGAAAAGUUAUAAUGUGCGAAGGGUCGUCAACAAACGGGGUGUAGUAAGUAAGUCCCAGGUAGCUCGUCCUUCUCGGGAGCCUUUUCCCGCCGACGCACCGGAGCUUUCUACAUCAUGACGUUAUUUCGCAGCAGGUUUACGUUUAUUUGUAAUACGAAUUUGAAACUUGAAUUGGUACUGUAUGAAAAUGAAAGUGAAUUAUUAGAAUCGGAAAGAUUUUUUUCCGCACCAUAGCAAACAUUAGGGAAGUAGUGCCGUUUCGUUGCCAUGAUGCAGGCAGAUUUUGGAUUUAUUGAGUACGCACUCAACUACACAAUCGCGGCUCGAGCGUUGACGUUGAGGUCGUGCAAAGAUGAGGGCUCUGUUGACCAGGACGAGUACAAGAACCCUUCACAACUACCAACUGGCCGCAUUACAAAUUCCUUUGGUUCGCAUCCGCCCCCGGGCUUGGCGGAAUAGAAGAGCAGUAACGCAACAUCUGUGUUCAUCUCUCGUCUGUCGCGUAUCUGCGCUCAUCAACAUCCUCUUUCCCGUUCCGAGAGAGGCUCAGGCGAAGGCGAAGGCGCUGCGCCUACCCGAGACAAAAAAUCUCUACUGUUCACCGGCUCAGGCGAAGGCGCCCACUCUUGUGGUGGUGAGUGAGUCAGCGACUAGAUAUACCCUCAAACAAGUCUAAACAAGCGACGCGGACAACGGUAAAGCGAGUGGCGUUGCGAAUGUAAGAAGCAGAUAAUGAUAAUAAAGAAGAAGAAAGUUAAGAAAUAGGCAAGAAGAAAAGCUUGAUAGCAGCACUGGAGUAGGGUGACAUGGAAGCCAGGGCGACUAUGUUUCUCUGAAGAAGGUGCGUCAGUAUAAGAAAACAAAUCUAGAAAAAGCAAACGGAAUAACGAAGAAGCAGAGCGAAGACGUGAGGAAGCUGGAAGUGAAAAAAGCAAGAACGCAGUCAGAACAAGAGCAAGAAUAGCGGGAAGAAUACAGGGCGAAUGCGAAAGCUUGGCGCGGUAGAAGAGACGAAAUAGCCAGGGCGACUGUAGAUUCCGUUUUCAAGUGCCAAACCCGAGCCAGUAAAUAAAAGACGACUCAGAAAUCAGAAUCAGAUCGCGACGCUUUGCCAAAAUCAAAAGCACAAGAUCGAGUAAAAGAAAAAAGGACAAGACCCGCCCGAAAAAACAAGAACCGCUGCGAGAUAGGAGUUUUUGUCUGGAGUAAGUUCGAGCAAAAUGAAUCUGAAGAAGGACGCAAACCGAUCGCAGAAGACAGAAAAGCAAGCUAGCUCUUGACGCUGCAACCUUGAAACGCUUCUAGGAAUUUGAACAGGUUUUGAUGACUAAUGGCGCUUAAAAGAUAUCGCGGUAGGCCAUGUCAUGGGUUUUUUUAGCAAGAUAGCGAACUCCGUACUAGGUUGAAAAAAACCACGUGACUUACGAACCGAUAGCAUACAGCUCUCGUAAUAGUCAUAUUCCAAAAGAUAAAGACAAAACAAGCGCACUGAUAUCUGAGAAGAAAAGAACAAAAAAUGUCAACAAGAAAAGAAACAAAGACGAAGAUACAGAUGCGAAAAAGUUGGGA